AUGGCUUUGUCACACCGGGAGCCUCUCUCUGAGACGGUGGGAAAGCGCAUGGUCGUCACAGGUCCAGACUACAUAAAAGAUCACUUACCUAAGGUUCACCAGCAUAUCGCCUAUAUAGGAGAAAAGCGCCCAGCAUUAGAGAAAACUGGAGACCUCAGAUACUUGUGGAGGCCUGCUUCAAACAGAAGCCUGCCGGCAAAAUAUAAACACGAGUACACUGGUGGAAUUGGUUGGGGGAUUCCACAGUACAGUUUCUUCAACAGAUCAAGACUGGAAAGUGGCUUUCAUAUCCAGCAUGGCGAACUAAGUCUUCGAGCGAUGGACAGAAUAACCCAUCGCUAUCAAAACCCUUGUCAGAUGGAACACGGACCAUGGGCUCCCUCAUGGUUUCUGGUGGCGAACACAGCCGGCAGGAAGAUCUCCGACCCAGACAAGGACCUCGGAGGCAGCCCAGACCUCGGACAUCAGCAAGACCUCAGGGGACAGAUCAGGCCACUCACAAUAUUGCCCCAAACUGCAGCACAACCCGAGGACACCAACGUGGCUUCAGGUGGCAGCGCAGACCACGGCCUUCAGUUAUCCCCCCCAGAUGUUAACGCAGACUCUGGGGGGAGUAGGACCACAGACCCAGACAGGGCCCCCAGUAGCAGCACAGGCCACGAUUACAUGUCUUCAGGUGACAGCACAGACUACUCAGAUUGGUAUAGCCCCCGCAGGCAGUGCAGGCCACUCACAGCAAUAUGGCCUCCAACUGCACCACGACCCAGGGGCAUCAGCAUGAUUUCAGGAUAUCCACAUGCUUUUCAGUUAUUACCAUGCUCCACAGACAUCACAGACUCUGACUACAGUCGGACCACAGACCCAGACGUGACCCUCAGUAGCAUCAUAGUCCCAGAUAUAAACAUGGUUUCACGUGGCCACAGAGGGUACUCAGAUUGGUAUGGUCCACAUAGGCUGCGCAGGCCACUCACAUCAAUAUGGCCCCCAGCUGUAGCACGACCCAGGGACAGCAACUUGGCUUCAAGCUCCAGCAUAGACCACAGGCAUCCACAUGGCCUUCAGUUGUUGCCAUGCUCCACAGAUAUCAACACAGACUCUGGCUAUAGUAGAACCACAGACCCAGACAUAGCCCUCAGUAGCAGCCUGAGCCCAGAUAUCAACGUGGGUUCAGGUGGUGGCAGAGGAUACUCAGAUUGGUAUGGUCCCCAGAAGCAGCGCAGCCCACAGACAAGGCUUCCGGUGGCACCACAGGCUACAGAUAUCUGCAUGACAGCAGGCAGUAAAACACACCUAAACACAGACAACAAGGAUCCCAGAUGCAGUACCAUGAAGUACAAUGCAGAUGGGGCCAUGGACAGCACCGUGGCCUCAGAUGGCAGCCCAGCCCAGGGAUAUCAACCCGGCUUCAGGCUGAAGCAUAGAUUGAGGAGAUCUGCAUGGAGUUAA